AUGAAAGAUGUGGCAAUUGAGAAUUCUUGCUUACCUCAAGAAAGUUUAGAAGAUGUGACCAAGAAAAAUAAGUUGAAAUUCAAAGUUUCGGUAAGGACUAACUUCAUCCCUACUUGUUUUAACUGUGGUGUCAAAGGUCAUACUCGACCAAGCUGUUUUCAAAUUAGGGCUAAACAACCAUCGUCUCAGAAGAAUAUCCCUAGACUAGAUGAACCUAGAAUUGGGAAUCAACUAAAAGUUUUAACUGCUCAAGUGAAACUUAUUAGUGAGAAGUUAGCUGUUUUGUCAAAUUCUGUUGAUAUAAAAGAUAUGUCUAAUUUGAUUGACAAGAAUGUGCAAAUUCCUCCUCAAAAGGAACAGGUCUGGGUUAAAAAGAAAGAUCAUCUAUGCCUUGUUGCUCAUACUGCCUUAAGUGUGCUUAACUCUUGUUUGUGGUUUCUGGAUAGUGGGUGUUCAAAACAUAUGACAGGUGAUAAGUCUCUAUUUAAAGAGCUUAAAGAAGGCAAAGGAGGUGGAAGCAUCACUGAUGGAGAUGGCAGCAAAUCGAAGGUGAUCGGUCAAGCAAUUGUGGAAAUUUCCGGUGCUCCUACUCCACAAGAAGUGCUGUAUGUUGAAGGACUCCGGGCAAAUUUAUUGAGCAUCAGUCAAUUUUGUGAUUAUGAUCUAGUGGUCCAGUUUUCUAAGAAAGAAUGA